AUGGAGUAUCUAAGUAGGUGCCUAAAUGAGCUUCACCUUGAUCCAAAUUUUAACUAUCACCCUAAAUGUGAGAGGUUGAAAUUAACUCACUUGAUGUUUGCUGAUGAUUUACUUCUUUUCAGCAGAGUAAAUACUAGCUCUAUUGGUUUAAUGUUUGAAGCUUUUCAAAAAAAUUCAAAGGCAUCAGGGUUGGUUGCCAGUGUGGAAAAAAGUCACAUAUAUUUUAGUGGAGUGCAAGAGGAUAGUGCUAAUGAGUUAGCUAAUAUUGUGCACAUGCCUAUAGGUGAUCUGCCUUUUAAGUACUUAGGAGUCCCUUUGACUUCUAAGAAGCUUACUUAUGCUCAAAGUAAGCCACUGGUAGAGAAGGUCACAAGUAAGGCUCAACCAUGGAUGGCUCUCUUUCUCUCUUAUGCUGGCAGAUUGCAGCUCGUAAGAAGUGUGCUCAGUAGUAUGCAAAACUAUUGGGCUCACAUUUUCCCUCUUUCCAGGAAGGUGAUUACAACAGUUGAGGGGGUGUGUAGGAGUUCAUGUGGAUUGGUUCUACAGAAGAAGGAAGGAAAGCUCCAAUAA